CAAGUUUUAAUUUUUCCACCACCACCACCAAUUUCAUGUUAGAGUAAUUUCCAAUUAAAUCGAGCCAUCUUGUUCCCCAAUUUUUCUGCUACAUCCCGUUGUUCUUUUCGUCUCUCACUGAAUCUAUCUAGCAACAAGUAAUUCAAUGCCAAGUCCACCCUAAGGUCCCUAACCAGCACCACCACCAUCAAAUUAUACCAAUUUGAUCAAUCAGUAAUCUAGGUUUGAAGAAUGUUUGGAGGAGGAGGAGGAGGAGGAUCUUUAUUAUUGAAGCUCAAGAGUCUAGUUCUUAACAACAAAGAAGAAGCAAAACCGAUAGCAAGAAGUCUUCCAGAUGAGUUAUUCCAUGAAAUCUUUAAAAGAUUACCGGUGAAAUCAACCCUUACAUGUAAGUGUGUUACUAAGACAUGGUUUUCUAUAAUUUCCGAUCCCGAUUUUGUCAAGUUACAACUUAAUUAUACACUCAAAUUCAACGACGACUCUAGGUUCAUACUUAGUGGUUAUGACAGUAAGAUUCAUGAAGAUCUAGUGUAUAUAACUGAACAUUCAUUAUUCUCUACCACUGAAUUUUAUGAUAAAGCUGUUGUUACGGAGAAGCAUCACCCGCUUAAAUCUGCAAAGUUAGUUAGUAUCUUGGGUUCUUUCAAUGGUUUAGUCUGCUUACUGCAUCAUAGCAAUGUUACGGAAUUCUGUUUUAGUCUUUGGAAUCCAGCCACUAAGGAGUAUAAAAGGAUACCUGAUUCACCCUACUCAACAACAAUCCACUGGCCAGCAUAUUUCUGUUAUGGUUACAAGAAUGACGAUUACAAGUUAGUUUCUGCAAGAACCUGUCGGGGUACUCCUAGUUUUUUAGUGUACGUCUACACGUUAAGAUCGAAUUCAUGGAAAACCCUUGAAACUAAACCAUAUUCUCUUGGUAAUUUAGAUGGAAUCCUUUCUAAUGGAGCUGUUCAUUGGAUAUCUCAAACCCCCAAAGUUAUUGUUUCUUUUAAUAUUAGCGAUGAAACCUUCGAAGAAAUGCAACAUCCAGGAGAACUAAUGGAGAAAACAAUGAACCCCCAUUCACAUUUAGUCUUGAAAGUGUUGGAAGGAUGCCUUUGUGUAAUUCUUCUGCCGUUUAAUAAAGCAUGGGUGAUGCGGGAAUAUGGAGUUUGGGAAUCUUGGACGGAACAUCAAAACAAGACUGCGAAUAAAUAUAAGCACCUGAAGUGGUCUUCUGAGAAUGGUGAGUGUCUAAUAUACAGUGAAGGGACUGAUUUAGUUUUAUAUGGCCCAAAGCAUUCAGGUGCUAGAAGACUAAAGUUUGGUAGUAGAGAUGUAUAUAGCUACAUCGAAAGCCUAGUUUCACUCAACAGCGGUAUUUAUUUGGGGAGAAAGGAAGUGAUAAGAAAACGAAGAAGAGGCAUAUGGAGAAAAGUGCUAAAAUAAGAAUGGGUAAUUAUAUGAGGUGAAAAGUUACUCUUGCCAUGGGUUAUUACCGUAAUUUCUAUGUUUUGCACUUUUGCUUUAUCUUGUAAUUGGGAUAGAAAUUUUUUAUAUCUAGUUUGACAAAACAAUUUCCUAUUUAUAGUGUUUCAGACUCAUGGCUGAUCGGCGGGUCUCAGUCAGAACUGCGUAGUUUUUAACAAUGAAUUUCAGAUGUUUGACAGUAGAAAAACUG